AUGAGCACGAUCCUUCUUGCUUCCAUGACCAGCUCGAGGAAUGACAUGGUUCCCUCCGUCGUCGUAAAAGACUUCCUAUUUGGGGUUGACGAGCUUGAAAAUCUCUUCAUUGAAAGACUGGAAGAAGCCGUUGAGAUCCCUUCGGUUUCUGCAUAUGCAGAACGAAGGGAAGAUGUGUUCAGAAUGAGCGAGUGGACUGCCUCCAAAAUGAGGGACCUUGGAGUGGAAGUAACUCUCAAACCGUUGGGGAAACAGGAGGACAAACCUGAGCUCGAGUUACCACCCCUGGUAUUGGGUCGCUACGGUCGUGAUAGUGAGAAGCCUACUGUUCUUGUUUACUGCCACUACGAUGUCCAGCCUGCAGCUCUCGAGGACGGUUGGAAACACGACCCAUGGGUACUCACGAUCGAAGAGAACGGACGCUUGUGCGGCCGUGGAACUUCAGACGACAAGGGCCCUCUGAUAGGCUGGCUCAACAUGAUCGAGGCUUUUCAGAAGGCCGGUGUGGAGGUUCCAGCGAACUUGGUCUUUUGCUUCGAAGGCAUGGAAGAGAACGGCUCCUUUGGUCUCCGCAAAGCGCUGGAAGAAGAGGCGACAAAGUUCUUCUCCGAUAUUGACUGCGUCUGCAUUACUGACGUCGUUUGGGUCAGCGAUGAACAACUCAGCAUCCCCCAAGGUCUGAGAGGAAUUCUCUUCUACCUGCUCACCAUCACCGGCGCCGACCAGGACGCGCAUAGCGGUGGUUUUGGUGGGCAGAUCUCGGAGCCGAUGACGGAUAUGGUUAACAUCAUGUCUUCACUUGUGGACUCCAGUGGAAAGAUCUUGGUACCCGGGAUCUAUGACAAUGUGCAGCCAGUGACGGCAGAAGAGUAUGAGAGCUACAACAAGUUGAAUAUUUCUGAGGAUUCUUUACUCGGAGGAACAGGCGGCAGAAUCCUACACGAAACGCAAGCUGAUGCUUUGAUUGCGAGAUGGAAGAAGCCGUCCUUGAGUCUGCACAGAAUCGAAAACGCAAGACCUGGCGCCGGAGCAGUCACCUCGAUUCCCGCCAAGCUAGUGGGAAAGUUCAGCAUACGAACCGUGCCAAACAUGAAAGCCAAGGACAUCAACAAGCUUGUGCAAAAGCACAUCGAGGACCGCUUCAAGAGCCUCGGAAGCAAGAACGACUUGGAGAUCAACUGCGCUCACGAAAGCGACUGGUUUUACGAGAGCUCCGACCACUGGAACUAUCAAGCUGCGAUCCAGGCGACCCAGGAAAUUUGGGGUGUGAAUCCUGCUCUUACAUGCGAGGGCGGCAGUAUUCCCAUCGCGCUGGAUUUCAAGGAGAUUUUGCAGAAGAACGUGCUUUUGCUGCCUGUUGGGCGCCCAACAGAUGGCGCUCACUCUAUCAACGAGAAGCUGGACAAGAACAACUACAUCAAUGCAAUCAAGCUGUAUGGCUCGUAUCUGAAGGAGGCACGGGCACUCUGGCAGCAGAAAAGGCAGGCGUAG